AAAAUGCUACAGGGAAUCCUAUGUAAGUGACAACAUGGAAAUGGAUUUAGAUCAGUCCGAUAAAUAUUCUCAUGGAAGCAGCAGGGAAAGUGCCAAGAACAAUCGCUUUUCUAGACAGUCAACUGUCAGUCAUAGUAGCUCACAAACCUCUGGCAUUGAAGCUGACUCGCACCACAGGAUUUCAGAGGAAAUGUCUGUUGAUGAGCCUUUUGGGAUUGAGAUGGUUCAUGCUGACAAGAAAUCUUAUUGCUCAACCAUCAGUCAAAGCACCUCUGGAAUAGAACACGAGAACAAAGGAGGAAUAGGAGGAGAUUCUCAAGAUGAUGAGGUUGAGCUGUCAGUGGAUAAGCCUCUUGACGCUGAAGUUAUUGGACCAGUAUCUGUUUUGGAGACUGAAGAGCAGUGUGUGGAUUCGCCUAUAAUGGAUAAUUACAGCUGGCAAAUGGUGCCGAGUCAUUGGAAUCAGCUGUUUUCAUGA